AUGAUUAGAAUAAAUCGUUUGAACAUUAUAAAAUCACAAUUUUGUACUCAUAAUAUAUUAUUCAAUAUACGGAAUGAGAAGUUUAAUAAUAAUACCAAUAUAAUUUUUCGACCUUUUAAUAAUAAACGACGGAUAUCGACAUAUCCGGAUAAGAUUAACAAAGAAAAAAAUCCUCAUAUAUUCCAAAGAAGAUAUUUAAACCAGGACACUAAUGCAGCGGGAGUUUGGGAUCCAUUUCCUGAUCCAUUUCAACCUAUCGUAGAAAAAUCAGCGGAAUCAGCGUUAGAUGAAGAUAAUGAUCGAAAGAAAAAGCCUUCAGAUGAUAAAAAAAAAAAGAGGGAAGGUGCAACAUGGCUUUCUCCUCGUGUGAUGGAUGCUGUUUUAACAACUGUCAUGGGUUUAGCUGCUGUUGGCAUUGGUGUUGAAUUAGCUUUCCUUCGUCCUUUACCACUUUUAAGAUCAAAAACGAAAAGUAAUUUUUUUGCAAAAGAAGAACGAAAAAAGAUUGAUAGUAUCGUUUCUGGACGUGGAGCCGGAAAAUAUUAUUUGCUCAUGGGUGAAAGAGGAACCGGAAAAACUCAAUUGGUAUUAAAUGCUAUGGAGAAAGUUAAACAUUAUGGAAUUGUAUUUGCAGAAGCUCAUUCUGAUAGUGAAGUAUUUAAAACCAGAUUAGGUAAAGCGUUAAAGUAUACUUUUAGGGAAGAUUAUGUAGGUCAAUUGUUUGCGAGAGAAGCUCCAGAAAGAGGUUCCGCGUUGCUUGAUGUAGAAAAAGCUCUAAAUAUGAUAGAAAUUGUUGCUGUCAAGUAUAAAAAAAGACGUGGUCGACCGAUAGUUUUGAUAAUUAAUAAUAUUCAUGCAUUUAAAGAUGAUGAAGAUGGCGAAGAUUUAUUGGAACUUUUACAACAACGAGCUGAAUCAUGGGCUGCUGCAAAAAUUGUGAAUGUUGUAUUUAAUACUGACGAUUAUACAGUUUAUGAACGAAUGAAGAGAGAUGCUUCUCGUAUGGAUGUAAUUAGAAUUGGUGAGUUAGCAGAUCAAGAAGCAUUACAAUUACUUCAGGAAAAGCGACGAAGACGUUAUGGUCCUGAAUCUGAAGAAAAAUUGAAACAAAUCCUCAAAGAUCGAGUUGGUGGUCGUCUUUCUUAUAUUAAUAGAUUAGGCAGAGAACGUGACUUGGAUAAAACCGUCGAAACUCUGGAGGCAGAAGAAAAACAUUGGUUAACCAAUAGAAUUGGACUUAUUCCGGAUUUUGAAGAAACGGCAUUUGAUGAUCAAAAAUAUGCAUCAUGCGCAUGGAAAUUAAUCAGAAAAUUAGUGAAAUCUGAAGAAAGAUCCUUGCCAUUAAAAGAAUGUCGAACUAUUACAGGAAAUCCUAAAUGGAUAGAAAUGAUGGAUCAUGAUAACAUUAUAAUGAUUGAUGAUCAACAUAAUGUUAAGGCGGAUUCAAAAAUUUUAUUAAAUAUAUUUGAAAAGAUUGUUAAUGACGAAGAAUUUGAUGAAUUAUUAGAAAAUGUUUGUGAGAGAGUUGAAGAAGUAGAUAAAGAGCAAAGAACGAGGGAAUUGAUUUGGAGUAAAAAGAAUGAUCAAGUGGUUAGAGUUGCAAAGCCUAAAAGGUGGCUUUGGUAA